GGGGUCUUCGUUUCAUUAUAUAAUAUACGCAAGAGCGUCGUCGAAUUUGCCUGCUCUUCUAGUUGAGACUUGAAGUUUGGGGAGUGUUUCAGCUCUGGUGAGGAGUGACAAAGUUCUCUGCUAUCAGUAGAUAAGAGUGGAAGAGGGCGAUUUGGCAAUGGCGAAGAAGGAUGAAAUUGUGAAUGAUAAUGGAGAGAACAAAGAUGGUUUUGUCAACAGAGAAGUCUCUCGCAGCGACUUCCCUCCCAACUUUGUCUUCGGCGUUGCAACUUCAUCUUACCAGGUAGAAGGUGCUUGCAAGGAGGGCGGUAGAGGUGCAAGUAUAUGGGAUGCCUUUACACACACUGAAGGAAAAAUUAUUGACCAAAGCAAUGGAGAUGUAGCAGUUGAUCAUUAUCAUCGGUACAUGGAAGAUGUUGAUCUUAUAGCCAAGUUGGGUUUUGGUGCUUACAGAUUCUCAAUAUCUUGGUCCCGCAUCUUCCCUGACGGUCUAGGAACCAAAGUCAAUGAUGAAGGGAUUGCUUUUUAUAAUAGCCUCAUCGAUGCUCUUCUUCAGAGAGGUAUUCAGCCUUAUGUAACUUUGUACCAUUGGGAUCUUCCGCUGCAUCUCCAUGAGUCAAUGGGAGGAUGGUUAGAUAAAAAAAUCAUAGAAUAUUUUGCAAUCUAUGCAGACACUUGCUUUGCAAGUUUUGGUGAUAGAGUGAAGACCUGGAUUACUAUCAAUGAGCCCCUUCAAACUGCUAUCAAUGGGUACGAUAUUGGGGUAUUUGCGCCAGGAAGAUGUGAAAAUUCGUCAACAGAACCAUAUUUAGCAGCACAUCAUCAAAUCUUGGCUCAUGCAGCAGCUGCAUCUGUAUACCGAAGCAAGUACCAGGAAAAGCAAGGGGGGCAAGUGGGCUGGGUGGUAGACUGUGAAUGGGCGGAAGCUUAUUCUGAUAAGAUUGAAGAUAAAUCUGCUGCUGCAAGGCGCCUGGAUUUUCAGCUUGGAUGGUUUUUGCAACCCCUAUGUUUUGGAGACUAUCCUGAAGUUAUGCGUGAACGACUUGGAGAUCAACUUCCAACAUUCUCAGAGGAGGAUAAGAAGUUGCUUGCAAAUUCACUGGACUUCAUUGGUCUGAACCACUACACAUCAAGGUUAAUUUCUCAUGUGACGGAAGGCUCUGAAGCAGGUCACUGCUAUAGAUCACAAGCAAUGGAGAGAAUUGUGGAAUGGGAAGGUGGUGAGCUCAUAGGUGAGAAGGCUGCUUCAGAAUGGCUCUAUGUUGUUCCUUGGGGCAUCCGGAAGACUCUGAAUUACAUAGCUCAGAAGUACAAUCUCCCCGUAUACGUCACUGAGAAUGGUAUGGAUGAUGAAGAUGAUGAUAAGUUGCCACUAAAUGAAAUGUUAGAUGACAAAAUGAGAGUACGCUAUUACAAGGAAUAUCUUGCCUCAGUUGCUUUGGCAAUCAAGGAUGGAGUAGAUGUGAGGGGAUACUUUGCAUGGUCAUUAUUGGACAACUUUGAGUGGGCCCAAGGCUAUACUAAACGUUUUGGAUUGGUGUAUGUGGAUUACAAAAAUGGGCUCACAAGGCACCCCAAAUCUUCUGCUUACUGGUUUUCAAAGUUCCUCAGAGCCAAUGAAAGCAAACAGGGCAAAGAAGAGUAGCAGUUCACUAAUAGUAUUGUUCUCAUCUGCAUUUAGCAAUGCUGCUGUGUGUUAAGCUAAUGUGGGAUUUCUAGAGCCAUGUCUAGAGCAUCUGAUGGGGGCAAAAUCUGCUUAUUAGGUUUUUCGAGUGUCUCAAAGCAGUUAUAAUCUAAAGAGUACAGAAUAAAGUUCGCCAGUAUUGCUGUUAUAAUCUGCAUUUAGCAGUUAUGUUGUAUGCAGGGCUUGGUGGGAUUGGAUUGGGGUCAUUUCUAGCGCAUCAUGUGAAUCAUAUUAAAGUAAGUUAUAUUUUCUAGUGAUUCGCCUUUUUGUUUUUUUCUUUUUGUGGGUGGAGACUGUUGAAUUUGUUCUUGAGCAUUCCAAAUAUAAUACUACCUUCAGUCUAA